UUUGAGAAUCAGGCUUUCCAUGUGAAGGACCGAGCCAAGGCAGUAGGGAAUGAAAUUGAUUGUAGUAGGUGAUUUAUAACUGAUAAAGAAAUUAAGCAAAUUUCAGGAAAAAGUAGGGAUAAUAGGACUUGAAAUUGCAGCAAAAAUCAAAGGGCAAAAUUAUAAGCCACAUUGAGAAACCCAAUCUAUACAGGCGGCAGCAGUGGCUAUGGUGAUUGUUGAGAGAGUGAGGUGGAGAGAGCAGUAAGGUCUUCCAAGGCUAAUUCUCGGUCCCCAGACCCAGAGCCAUUAUUACAAACAUGCCUAGUUUGAUGUCUCUCUCUUCUUUCGCACUCCUCACACCCCCUACCUUCAACUUCAAACCCACCACACUCCCUCCUAAUCCCUCACUUCCCUAUCUCUCCAUAACAUGUUCCUCAGACAACAACCCUAAACCAACCAGAAGCAGCUCCUGGGUGAGCCCUGACUGGCUGACCUCUCUGAGCCGGUCUCUCACCAUGGGCCAAGACGACUCCGGUAUACCCAUGGCCACUGCUAAACUGGAUGACGUGUCUGAGCUCCUGGGUGGUGCCCUCUUCCUUCCUUUGUUCAGAUGGAUGAAUAUGUACGGACCCAUUUACCGGCUCGCCGCCGGGCCCCGCAAUUUUGUGGUUGUCAGUGACCCCGCUAUUGCUAAGCAUGUUCUGAGGAAUUAUGGCAAAUACGCCAAGGGUCUCGUGGCCGAGGUUUCGGAGUUUUUGUUCGGAUCGGGUUUUGCCAUUGCGGAAGGCGAGCUUUGGACGGUGAGGCGCAGGGCUGUGGUUCCUUCUCUUCACAAGCGAUACUUAUCCAUAAUUGUUGAUCGGGUGUUUUGCAAAUGUGCUGAGAGAUUGGUAGAGAAUCUUAGAACUGAUGCACUCAAUGGCAGUGCUGUAAACAUGGAGGAGAAGUUUUCUCAAUUGACUCUGGAUGUCAUCGGUCUAUCUGUGUUCAACUACAAUUUUGAUUCACUUACUGCUGAUAGUCCUGUUAUUGAUGCAGUUUACACUGCAUUGAAAGAGGCUGAGGCUCGAUCAACUGACCUUUUACCAUACUGGAAGGUCAAAGCUUUGUGUAAGAUAAUCCCUAGACAAAUAAAAGCUGAAGAAUCAGUAACAGUGAUAAGGAAAACUGUAGAAGAACUUAUUGCUAAGUGCAAAGAAAUUGUGGAAAGAGAGGGUGAGAGGAUUGAUGAGGAUGAAUAUGUUAAUGACUCAGAUCCAAGCAUCCUUCGUUUCUUGCUUGCUAGCAGAGAAGAGGUUUCAAGUGUGCAAUUACGAGAUGACCUUUUAUCAAUGUUGGUUGCUGGGCAUGAGACCACUGGUUCAGUGUUGACUUGGACAUUAUAUCUUUUAAGUAAGAACUCUUCUUCUCUGAUGAAAGCACAAGAAGAGGUCGACAGGGUUUUACAGGGAAGGUCUCCCUCGUAUGAAGAUAUAAAGGAUCUCAAGUUCUUAACACGUUGCAUAAAUGAGUCCAUGCGUCUAUACCCUCAUCCUCCUGUUUUGAUAAGAAGAGCUAAAGUCGCUGAUGUGCUUCCUGGAAAUUACAAGGUCAAUGCUGGUCAAGAUAUAAUGAUUUCAGUAUAUAAUAUCCAUCACUCCUCUCAGGUCUGGGAAAGAGCAGAAGAUUUUCUGCCGGAAAGAUUCGACUUAGAAGGUCCUGUGCCUAAUGAAACAAAUACAGAUUUCAGAUUCAUUCCAUUUAGUGGGGGCCCACGUAAGUGUGUUGGUGAUCAGUUUGCUUUGCUGGAAGCGAUUGUUGCACUUGCAAUCUUUGUGCAGCACAUGAAUUUUGAGCUGGUUCCUGAUCAGAAUAUUAGCAUGACUACCGGGGCAACUAUUCAUACAACAAAUGGCUUGUACAUGAAAUUGACUCAAAGGCAAAUUCCAUCUGCAUUUGUUCCAACAUCUUCUAGGUGCCACAACUAGGUGCCAUUUACCACUCAGAAGUCCCACAAAUGAAAGAUGGAAAAUUAGGGGCAAACGACAAAACAUAACCCCACUAUAAUUUUAGUAUCCAAAAAGAUUGCAUCGGAAGCAUCGUCCGAUAAAUUGACCAAAACACCCUCCAUAGGUGGAAAGUGGAAGGGACUCUCUUCUUCAUCCAUCCAAGGCCAAGAGAAGAGAGUGCAGUCUACAGAAAGAGAAAGAGGCAGUCAUGGAAGACGAAACCUUGGAGAGCCGAAAUCAAGCCAGAUUGGCUAUAUUGGAGCUCACCAACAUGAUCAGUGUCCCUAUGUGCCUCCACGCUAUCGUACGCCUCAACGUCCCUGAUGCCAUCUGGCAAGGUGGCUCCAACGCUCCCCUCUCCGCCUCCCAGAUCCUAACACGUGUCCUCCCCUCUGGUGAUCCCCACAAUCUCCAACGCAUCCUCCGCCUUCUCACCACUUACGGCGUUUUCGCCGAGCACCUCCUAACCGACCCCUCCUCCGACCAAGUCCUUCGGAAAUACUCCCUCACCGACAUCGGAAAAACGCUGGUCACCGAUGCGGACGGCCUCUCCUACGGAGCGUAUGUGCUGCAGCACUACCAGGAGGAGUUGAUGACAGCGUGGCCAUUGGUUCACGAGGCCGUUGUGGACUCCACCACCGAGCCCUUCGUCAAAGCCAACGGCGAGCCGGCCUAUUCUUACUAUGGUAAGAAACCAGAGAUGAACGAUCUGAUGCAGAGGGCAAUGUCGGGGGUAUCCGUGCCCUUCAUGAAGGCUAUUUUGAACGGGUACAAUGGGUUUGAUGGAGUGCAACGAUUGGUGGACGUUGGUGGGAGUGCAGGGGAUUGUCUGAGGAUGAUCUUACAGAAACACACAAAUAUUAAGGAGGGGAUAAACUUUGACUUGCCGGAGGUCGUAGCCAAGG